AUGCCCUCUACCCAGACUUCGCGAAAGCCCUCUCGCCGGCGUUCUGGCUCCGGAUCGACCGUCCGAGCACCUCAUCUUUCCGUCGGCGAUCCCGUUGACCCGAACUUGGGAACAUACACACUCGACAACCUGCCCUUACUUCGCUGUGGGAAGUUGCCAUCCGAGGUGAUUAAGCAAAUCGAGAAGUUGGUGAAGUAUAUAGGAUCAAAGGUCCCGAUCGGCCAGAGAUCCUCUUGGCUGAAGGGACACCUGGAGGACGCUCAUCUCAACCACAUCGGCUUUGGAGAUGUGUUCGAGAGGCCUGAUCGGGCCAAGGAGAUGGAAGUGCUGAAGGAAAUGGAACUGCAGCAUCCAUCACCGAGCGACUUUGAGAAGACGUAUAAGGGUCUCCUCCCAAAGCUGCCAAAGUGUGAGACGCCGCAGAUCCGGGCGUUGAAGAUGCUCGAUAUGUACAGCAGGGCUGGCUGGAUGAUGGACAAGGCGUGGGCCUAUCUCGAGGACAACUUUAACGUUGUAAAUGGCGGGUGCUGGAUUGCAAAAAAGACGGCUUGCGAGGACUACCCGUACGGAUUUCGCUCGAAGGAUCGCCCUAGGCUUCAUGUCACGGGUCUGAGAUGGGAUGUAUCCCAUCUGUGCGGCCACAGCCACUGCGUGCGUCCCUCGCACAUCAUCAUCGAGCUUCAUCUCGAGAACCUGGCUAGACAGCAGUGUGAGGGUGGCGAGCGAUGUCGUUGCGGCGACAUCCCAGACGCACCUGGCUUUGGGCAUCGUUGCCUGGGCCACCGGAGCUGUUCGAACACUUGCCCAGAGAAUCUGCGGCGUUUGAUCCGAGUAACCCCGAAGUUGAUUAAGUGUAAGGCGUGGAUCGACGGCAAAAAUAACGAUCCUAGGGAUCGCCGCAUGCGCCACCGGGUGAAAAAGACGAAGUCUUACAAAGAGCGACUGCAAGAUGCGCUUGAAGCUAUCAACGCCACGAAGGACAAGGAAGCUACCCAGACAGCGCCCAAGAGGAAGGCGGACGAGGAACCUGUGGAGAGGAUCCAGAAGAAGGCUAAAGCUGUGACGGAACGUCGGGUGUCACCUCGGAGCAAGGCCGCUAAGGAACCCGCGUUGAAGGCUAAUACAGCCACAACUAGGGCGCAACGUCGGGUUUCUAGCAGGAAAAAGUAA